UUAAACAUGAAAUUUUUGUUAACAUAUUUUUUAAUACAAGCUACAAUUCGAAUAACUCUUUCGAAUUCGAUUUCACCAAGAAUUGCAUAUGGUGAUAUUGCUGAACCUGGUCAAUUUCCAUAUCAUGUACUAUUUAAAAUUGAUGAUGAUUACGGUUAUAAUUGGUGUGGUGGAGUUUUGUUAUCUGAAAAUUAUAUUUUAACUGCUGGUGAUUGUUUGGAAAUUGGAAAUCCCCGAAAAGCUUAUUUGGGCAUUACAAACAUAAGUGAUGCUUCAGAAAAUAUUGUUCGACUUUCAAUUGAUCCUGAAACUGAUUUCAUAUUAUCCCCUAAUGGAAAAUUAGGUUUAGUUAAAAUCAAUCAAAAUUUGAAAUUUUCUGAUUUUAUUAAACCAGCAAUUCUUACCGAUUUAACAUUAACACAAGAAAAUUUACAAGGUAAAUAUGCAACUUUAACUGGUUUUGGUGUACCAUUAACAAGACAUGCUGAUACAUCAAAAUUUUUACGAUACAUUGAAAUACCGAUAGUGUCAUCAGACAUUUGCGAAAAAAGUUAUCCAUACUUUUUUGAUAAUACAUUCUUAUGUGCAAGUAGUGCUGAAGGUAAAUCAUUUUGUUUUGGUGAUCAAGGUGGUCCUCUAGUUAUUAAAGACUCUAAUGAUCAAAAUAUUGUUAUUGGAAUUGCUUAUGCUCAAGGAUAUUGUGGUGAUACUAAAUCUCCUGGUACUUAUAUUCGAUUAACAUCAUAUUUAGAUUGGAUUAAAAAGACAAUGAAUUUAAAAUAAAUAAAAAUAUUUUGAAAUAUUCA